AUGGGCAACGACAGCUCCAUCCUCGCCGACGGUUCCGCAAUGGCAGCGCCCGGCUCAUCGUUCAACCACACACUCUUCGAAACUGCUCUACCGCCGCUGCCUGUAUUCAGCCUCGAAGUCCAGCCUGAUCUCUUGUCCUGGGUCUCCGACUUUUGGCUUAAUCUGUUACUCCCUGUCAUCGUCUACUGGGUGCUGUCUCUCACAUUCCACGCCAUCGACGUCCUCGAUUUGUUCCCCCAGUACCGACUCCACACGCCCGAAGAAAUCACCAAGCGCAACCACGUCUCCCGCUAUGAAGUCGCCCGCGAUGUCAUUCUGCAGCAGGUCAUCCAGGUCGUCACCGGCGCCCUCCUUGCCUUGUCCGAGCCCGCCGAGAUGAUAGGCAAGGGUGAGUAUGACGUCGCUGUUUGGGCUACUCGCAUCCGUAUCGCCCAAAGAGCUCUUCCAACUCUACUCGGUCUUGUCGGUCUCAAUGCUACCGCUAUUUCAAAGGGUCUCCUCGACUCUCACCCCCUGCUGGCCGGGGCUAUCGCUGGUGGUUACUACCCUUCUCUCGUAAACGCGAACUCGGAGCCCGCUUUCGCGUCUUGGGAGAUGGCUUUGGCCAAGGCUAUUUACUAUUUCAUGAUCCCUGCCAUUCAGUACUUUAUCGGCGCCGCCAUCAUCGAUACCUGGCAGUACUUCCUCCAUCGAUUGAUGCAUGUCAACAAGUGGCUGUAUGCUCACUUCCACUCCCGCCACCACCGUCUCUAUGUGCCUUACGCCUAUGGUGCUCUCUACAACCACCCCGUUGAGGGUUUCCUUCUCGAUACCCUUGGUGCCGCCAUCGCAUUCAAGGUCACCCGUAUGACACUCCGCCAGGGCAUUUUGUUCUUCUCCAUGUCCACAAUUAAGACUGUCGACGACCACUGCGGGUACGCUUUCCCAUGGGAUCCUCUUCAGCUCGUUACCAGCAACAACGCCGAGUACCACGACAUCCACCACCAGCACUAUGGUAUCAAGACCAAUUUUGCUCAACCUUUCUUCACAUUCUGGGAUUCUCUUCUGGACACCAAGUACAAGGGCUCAAAAACCAACAAGCCCAGCGAGAAGAAGGCAAGGGCAGAGGCGAAAGCACAGUAA